CCUGACAAAAUAUGUUGCUGGCAGCGUUGCAAUCAGCCAUGGUCAUGGACACCACCGACCCGGGCUACUGGCUCAACUGGAAGUUCGUGCUCUACGCCACCUGGGUCUACUCCUGCAUGGCACUGGCGUGCUACCUGAUCUGGAAGUACGAGGGGCCCAGUUUGCCGGCCGGCAAUGACGAGGGGGUCGACAGAGAGGAGGCGCGGCCCAGGAUCGGACCCGGAGCUGUGUAUCUUGAGGAUUGCUGGAAGCCGUGCCUUGAUGACAUCCAUCCUGCUUGGCUGCUGGCUUUUCGCCUUGUGUCGUUCUUGUUUAUGGCUUCCGUGAUUAUCUAUGAUGUUAUUGUCGAUGGGUGGACCGUCUUCCUUUACUACACUCAGUGGACCUUCUUGCUUGUCACCCUGUACUUUGGGCUUGGCUCGGUGCUUUCGGUUUAUGGAUGUUAUCAGUACGCUUGCAAGACGGAUAAAUCUGAUGCAGACCAUGGUUCUUAUAUCAUUGCUCCCACGGAGGAAAGUACAUACAACAAUUCCAUCAAAAGUUCUUGUUUGAAUAAAACACAUGAUGGUCGGGAAAUUGCGGGAUUUUGGGGCUACCUGUUUCAGAUCAUGUUUCAGACAAAUGCAGGUGCUGUGAUGCUUACGGAUAUGGUGUUUUGGUUCAUUUUGUAGCCUUUCCUUGCGUGGAAUCAAUACCAAAUGAGUUUUUAUUUAAGUUAUCCAUCCAUUUCCUCCAACAUCUAUCCAUUUCCUCUGCCUCUGCCGUGCCGCCGCCGCCGCCGCUCGCUCGUCGCCGAUCGAUUCGACUCACCCGGGAAGAACACGCACACACCAAGCGAGCAAGCAAGCAAGCGCCGCCCCCCAGCCGGCUGCUCUCCUGCCUGCCUGCAAGGCAGACUAGAGCGUGGCGCCGCCUUGCUGAAUGUUCCUGCAAGCUUGACGAGGACUGCUGACACCAUAGCAACCGAGGAUAAUGAGCUGGUGUUGCCUCCCAAGAGCCAAGAAGCAGCAGCACAAUCUCUACUCCCACAGACAACAGGAUAUUCUUCACUCCAAUACCAGCAUAAGCGUAUUCUUCCAUCAGUUGGUUUUUUGUUCCCACACAACUACAGUUUUUUUAAUAAGGAAAAUAUACCCCCGGCCUCUGCAUCUCGACUAUGCAUGCAGCCAUACACAACUAUAGAUAUGCCGAAGCUUAAUGUUCAUGGAACCCUACAAAACAAGCAAGACGUCACAGUCAAGGUUCUCUCUGCCGAAUCCAUACAGGGCAUCAGAGAAUUUUUGACAGAAAUUGAUGUUAUAGCAAUGUGA